AUUGCCAAACACUUAAGUGAAAUGCAAACUAUGUAUGAUAAUAACAUUUUACAAAAUAUUCGAACAAAAAAUUCAAAUGAUGUUUCCCUGUAACGUUCCACACACAUUCGGGGGAGUGCCGGUAAUGUUGCUUAGAUGAAUAUCGAUAUGUCAUAUAUUGUGAAUACAAUGCUAUCGUGACUGCAUCACAAUCUAUAGACACGUCAUGGUCAACAAAAUUGUUAGUUUUAUAAAUAAUAAAUAAACUGCGAAACAAGACACUUUUGCAUGUGUACACGAUCGCAGCAUGGUUUACAUUGACCGCAGUGGUCGCGUCUGGGAGAAGCGUCCUUGGGACUUCCAACGUGUUGUCGAGAUAUUUAUAGGACUUUGGUAUCUGAUACUGCAAUUCUUCCAGACCUUAUUGGCCCCUUUUAACGGUGGUAAUGGAAAUAACCGCAGCAACGAACGUCGUAGCACUGGUUGGGGUGGUGGGGGUGGAGGAGGAGGAGGCGGUGGCGGUGGUGGUGGCGGCUACGGAGGUGGAGGUAACGGAGGUCUAAGGCCCAACCGACGCAUUGGACGCAUACAACCAACUAUUAACUGUAGCUCAUGCUCCAUGGGCGGUGGAUGAGGAUAACAGCGGCGUCCAUGAGUCAAAAACGCUCGGUCGUCGCUGAACUACAGCGUAGUCGAAUGGCAUUCAUAAAUACUCCAUAUCGGUAUUAGAUCUCGCAAGAUUUUUUGCGCAUAUGACGCAGCAUUCAUAAACUCAACGCUGAGUGGAAUGUUGCUGAAUGGAUCUAUGCUGAUUUGGAGCUUGUUCUUUUGGCUACGUUUUAACAAAAACUACACGAAUAUACAUAUAUAGCUCGAUUUUAGCUUUAAAUAAUUUUUUCGUACGAAACCGUUUUCUAAAAUAAGGCGCAAUAUUAAUAUUGCUAGAAUUUAUUGGGCAACAUAAUACAUUUUACUUAAAAUUUUAAUUAUAAUUGUUAAUGUACUGAAAAAUAAUACAUUUAAUACUUUCAACAAGGUGUUCGAUAUUAAAUAUUAUUAUAUUA